AUGGCUUUCCCUCUUCGCGUCCGAGUCGAAGAUCACCAAUCAUCCGACGAAUCAUCCUCGUCCGUGGCAUCUCAAAAUCGUAUCAUCAUAGGAGUGGUGGUAGGAGGUGUCGUGGUCAUAGCCAUUACCGCGGGGAUCUUCUUUGUUCUCUUCAAGAAGAGGAAGUGGGAUCGAAUCCGGCGUUUUGAAGAGCAGGUAUUGGCUAUGCAUGCGUCGGAGGGAUACAAGGCGUACGGAUUUGCCCCGGGGGAUCUGGAAAUGGGACCGACGAGAGCCUCGUCGUCGUUAUCGUAUGGUCCUGGAGGGCAGUCACAAGUGCAGAGUCAGAGUCAGAGCCAAAAUCCAUCCCCAGGGAGAACGUCGCACGAUUCUCCUCCACCAGUGUACCAACAUUUACCUGUGUAUGACCCGUCCAGGUACUCUGGGAUCAGCCGGUUGCCAGCGACCGUCAAGCCGUCCUGGAUGGUGAGUCCCUGGGACUCGAGGUCGGAUCGACGAUCGACAACGUAUAUUGGUGGACUCGACCAGGGAGGACCGUUGGCCAGCUCAUCGCCAGAAGGGUCUCGGUCGACGCAGUUGCCGAAUCCUCUUCGACGGCCAAAACCGACUCUGUCGAAGCUGAACACCAACCUCUGA